GGGAAGCGGACGGCGGGGCCAGCGCCGACGUUGCGCAACGACGUCAUACCGGCGUCGCGCUUGUGACGCGACAGCAAGCAGGAUCUUGGAACUUGGAACCUGCGAGUGCUCGACAUGAGGAACGGCAGGGCUGAGGGGGUCCCUCAUAUAUCAGAUCAGCGGGCGCGGGCGACGAGCCUGCGACUUUACACCGUGCCUAAUCUCCCAUACACUACCGUUGCUUUGUCCGAAACUACCUCGUAUCUACUGCUACUCGUAUUAUCCCCAGCUUGAAGCCUAGGAGCAGUUAUGGCCGACAAAGAAGAGAAGCCUACAGAGCAGCCCAAGGGCGGCGACCACAUCCCCGCAACCAAUGAGGAGGAGGAACAAGACGAAGCGCCCAAGGGCCUCUUGAGCAAAAUCGGCGACCCAGUUGGCAACGUCCUCGGCACCGCCCUCCGCCCCAUCGGUGCACCGCUCGAAAAAGGCCUCACAGGGCCCCUCGGCAGCGCAGUCGGCGGCGCAACACGACCCGCACUGGGCCCGCUGAUGGGCGAGAAGCACGAGCGAUCCGAGCUGCUUGGCGGGGAGAACAAGGACAGCUAUGAGAGCAAGCCGGAGAGCAUCGCGGGGAAGGAGCAGACCGGGGAUAACCCGUUGGGACUGGAUCAGACGGGGCGAUGGGGGUUUGCUGAUGAUGAGAAGAAAUAGAUGGUUGGCCUUUGACGAGGGAAGGACCGGGGGAUUGAUGAUAUCGGGAUUGAUGAUAUCACGAUAUAUGAUGAGCGAUUGGUAUGGAUGAAAGAUUGAAAACAUUGAUCGUGCUGUUGUGCGCUUUGUGCGCCACGUCGUCGGCAUUCUGCAGAGAGGUUUCCCUCCCUGCAAUAGUGCUUGUAGCCCUGCUUGAACGCUCCGUAAUGUCAUGAAGAGGAGUGGAUAAUCAAUAUAUAGAACUUUCCAAAGAGGACAUAUCUUGCAGAUCCUUAUUCCGUGACC